UGUGCCGCCAUGUUGGCAAGUCCGCUCCAUGCGACGACUGCCGCCACCGCGGGCGGCAAAGGCAGCCACCACGCACGCAACUCCCAUGCACAUCAGCAGCAUCGACGGGCGACGUCCCACAUGGCAAGCCCUGCCGCGGAAGUCGUGGUUGACGUCAUCCAAGUGUCGGCGAUCUCGUUCCGUAAGGUCGUGCAAUCGUCGAUGCUUCCGCAACAUGGACUUCGGUGCAAAUUCCACCUGUCCGUGGGAGGGAAAUCGGUCGGGGUCGUUGGCUCGACCGCUUCGACAGCAGGACAGACAAACGAGUUGAUGUGGGGGGGCGCUGCCGACGGCCGAACAGUUAUGCACUUGAACGUGUCGCCGUCGAUGGGCCUCUCGCUUGGAAUUCAGGUCCUGUGCGGAAGUUUGGUCGUCGCGACUGCUACCGUACCGCUUCGCGAGUUGGAGCGCCCUCCGCACAGGACGUCGGGGUGGUACGAUUUGAACCCCACCGGUCGCAUCGAGCUCUCGUUUGUAUACAACGCUACCCCGACGUCAGGGGUACGCUUGUCCAUCUCAUCCGCCACCUCCCUUUCAACGCACACCCGCCAGCUCACGGACAAGUGCAACGAUGACGAUGUGAACUUGAAUGGGGAGAGCAUUGUGGAAGAUGGCAUGAACGGGCAUUCGGCGAGCUCAAGUUCGGACGGGGAAAACGAUCACGAAUCUGACAAUGACAGCGAUGUCUACCCAAGUCAUGACAGCGAUGGGGAGCCGUCCCCGGAGAAACAAGACCACCGCCAUCAUGCAAGCUGCGCUUCGCCAUUCGGUGACCCGUAUCGCAUGAAAGGUUUCGAUGUGCAGUCGAGCCAAACAAACAAUGCCGAGCCCGCCGACACGUCGACGAUGGUGCGCCCGCUGCCCCCAUCAACCCUGGACGACCUCGACCAUUUGCUGGACGCGACGAUCCAAGCCAACUCGUGGCGCCCUCCAAGUAGCAAGCACCAAACCCGGCGGCACUUUCAUGGACGGCCGCACGGUCCCUCGACGCCACCCCAGCCUACCGGCAAACGCAGCGACUUUGAAGACCUUUUUCGAUAUGGCAUUGCGUCGACAACGAGUGCGAUGCCGCGGCACCAGCAAGCCCCCGCGAUCCAUCCCUAUGGCAAGGGCACUGCCAGCGACAAGGACAUCGCGGUGUCCGUUUUGCCGGCAACCGACACCACCACCGCCAGUCGCAACAUGCACCGCCGGCGCAUCGUUGACGAGGACGUCGUCGCGGCCAGUGCGAACCCCCUCGCUGUGCCACCGCCUCCACAUCCCAUUGUUCUCUUCCCGCCGCAGACACCCGGCGCUGUAUCUGCAUCGCAUCCCAAGAUCACCACGGACAACGCUGUGCAGCCCCCCACAUCGCUCGCAGACCAGUCUCAAGUGCUCGCCGAUCGCAUGUUUCACUGGACUCAACGGAUCGCGCAGCUUGAAAGGAAAGCUGCCGCCACGGACCAAGGUACAACUGACCCAAGCGAGGGGGUGUUCGCGAGCGUUCAUGCUGUCGUUCCCAUGAGGUUCAAGUCUUUUUUGCCUGUUGACAUCAUUCGUAGCGGCGGCGCAGCACACCACGUCGACCGUAUGGACCAAGGCGCGGCUGGGCGACACUCCCACGUCCGAAUUGAUUCGAGAGCGCCGCCAAUCCUGUCCGACCGCCUCCCAACCACUGCAUGAUCUCCCGUUGUCGCUGACUCGGUACGGUGGAUGCUCAAGGCCGGAUGGCGACCGACCGACUCGUUGCGGCGGACUGCUUGCUCCCAUUUGAUUCUAACUAGUCGGCGACCUCGAAACUCUAGAGUCGAUCGCUCCAAUGGGAUCCAUCGCUCGCGCCACGAGGGUCAGGUGGGUCUCGGCCGCCAUCCUCACGUCGACCCUCUCUCGAUUCCAACCUCCUCCUCGGUUCGUAACUCGUUCGUGUUUGGUAUUUGCUCUAGAACAACGAUCCAGAAGGACUCGAUGAACCAACGAGUGGUUUCCCUCGAGAUCGACCGCUUCGUCGGGCCCGAAGUGCGUCCAUGCGCGGCUUCCACGACCUGUUCGACGCCAUUCAGAUCGUCGCGCACCAAAGUCGGCAGGACUCGCCAUCGGAGGCGUCCGUUGCCCCAAGUUUAAGACUUGCACCGCCGCGGACGUCGUCGGUCGCACCGCGCGUCGAACUCGGCCGUCGAGUCGUCCUUGGGGGCACUCCUGGCACGGUGCGGUACAUCGGAGCGACGCAGUUUGCCCGUGGAAUAUGGGUCGGCAUCGAGUUGAAUCACCCCCAUGGCAAGAACGACGGGACCGUCCAAGGCGUGGCGUAUUUCCGCUGCCCCCGCGACCACGGCAUUUUUGUGCAAGCCGACCGCCUCGACAUCACGUCCACCUGAAGCGAUGGUGGACGAUCCCGUCGGUGUGGCUAUUGCCGUAAUUCAGAUCUGCGCACCUAUGCCCCAGACAGCGUGGGAUGGUGCUGGAUGGCUAGCAAACCGCGCAGAGUUGACGCAAUACACCCCGCUCCAC